AAAAUUUUCAAUACAUUCAACAAUAACGUUGCAGAAUGAGAGGAAUAGCUUGCCUUCAACUUGGAAUCGUCUUUCUUUUGCUUCAUGGCGCCAUGUGUGGUGACAUAAGUUCAGAAAGUGAGGAUGGAACCAACGACAAUGGAUCAAGCGGAGAACAAGGAACGAAUAGAAGCAGCAGCAUUGAAGAACUUGAAAAUCCAGGGGAUGUGUCGAAACCGGCGGUCACUCCCGAUAAUAAAGAACUUUUGGAGCUAUGUGAAAAUGCCCAAAAAGGCAUCAUACCAUAUCCAAAAGAUCCUCAACUUUUUGUGGUGUGUCUUGUUAAUCCACCCACUUAUGGAGACUGUGGACCUCUGUGCUUUGAUAAAACUGAUAACACAUGUAAGGGUUGUCCUCCAGAUACUUUGUUAUGUGACGGCAAAGACAUGUUGAGCAUAGUCAAGUCUGAUUGCCACCAAUAUUAUAUCUGCAUGGAGCCUCCCCUCGCAAUAGAAUGCCCCUCAAAUCAACAUUAUUCCGAAGCGGUGAAAAAAUGUGUGCCAGCCAUUGACGCCGAUUGUCUGCCAUUUAAUAGCUGGUGUAAAAAUCAACCGGAUGGCUUACGUUUCGAAUCGAAAAACUGUUAUGAAUACUACGAAUGUCAGAAGGAGCAAAUCCUUUUGAAAACCUGCAAUUACAAUGAAUAUUUCCAUAAAGAAAAUAGCAGCUGUGUUCCCGGCUUCUGCGGCACCAGCGAUGACAAUUUAGUGGAACGCGAACCCAUCUGUACACAGGCAAUGGAGGGCAUGAAGAGUACCCAUCCCAAGUGUUAUAAAUACUAUGUUUGUCUCAAUAAGUUGGCCUAUGUGGGCCAGUGUCCCACUGGGUAUUAUUUCAAUGCAACGGCGAAAAAAUGUGUAAUCGACACCAAUGAAGUGUGUAACGAUGAUUGAGGUCUUGAUUGAAAUAUGUCAUU